AUGUCGCGCACCCACGAUGCAGACAACGAUCCGUUACCGGAUGAGCCUCCGCCUCCGUACGAGCCGCUUGGCGAACCUAACAAUCCGACGAACACAAGCGCAGCUCCUCCUUCUACCACUGCUGCAGUAUCAAGUCAUACGGGUACAUCCACAUCGCACAACCCUUUCUUAUCGCCGGAAGAGCACUCCAGUACCACUGCAGCUUCUCCAAAUCCAGCUUCGAGCACCAAUCCGUUCCUGAGUGCCGUCACACCACAGCAAACAGGUGCAUCGACAACCACAUCACCGCACACAGCAACUGCCACGGCUGCCCCGCCUCCCUCGCUUCCACCCCGAAACUACGCUGCUUCACCUAGCCCAACACACUCGCAGCCGGAAGCAAACAGACCAAGCCUCGACUCGCGGCAUUCGCGACUCUCCUCGAUCACCUCUCCCGUCUCACCAACACCUGAUUCUCCCUCCAUUUACGCACCCCCAUCCGGACCCCCACCGGCAUCCGCAACCUCGUCCUCUGCCCAUCGACCAGGUAACAGGCGCGAGGACUCGUACCGGCCCACCACAGUGCCCACGCCCGGGCAGCCGCUGUUGCGCAAAGGCAAGCUGCUCGUCUACCCGCGCGACUGGCGAGGCUGCGCCAAGUGCAACGACACGGGCUAUAAGCACGGCGACCCGAACAAUCCGCACAAGAGCUGCUGGGACAAGUACGGCAAGACGUACACGUCGGCCAUGAGUUAUUCGGCUGGGUUGAACGGCGCGACCAGUCACUUUCAGAAGCCGCUGCCGGUGGUGGGUGGGCCGCCGCUGGGUGCGGCCGCUCCUGGAGGGAGGCCGAGUCAUGGGUAUGUGGCGGGCGGGUACCCUGGUGCUGCUGCAGGCCCUAUUCAGCAUGGAUACGGAGGAUACGCACCGCCGGUUCAUGCACCACCCCCGCACGCACCGCCUCCCGUAUCUGCAACGUCGCGACCACCCGCAUCGCCAAACGUCGAUGCAGAGACUGAAGGAGCACGCAUGUCCGAUGUGCCACCCAACUAUCAGGAUGCCAGCAACGUCAACUCGGACGAGCGCUUACCGUCGCAGUACGUCCCCCCUCCCGUCCCGCCUCCCGGCCACGGCCCGCCUCCACCACCUCCUCGGCCGCCAGCACACCACGCACCGUACGGCCAUCCCGCGCCCGCCCCCAGCCCCUACGGCAGUGCGCCUGUUCCACCAGCGGGGUUCGUCGGCGGGUUUGGGCCCAACCCGGGCGGACCAAACCCGUACGUGUCGGUGCAGCCGCCCGUGGCAUGGUACGGCGCACGUCCUCCGCCGCCCAACGCGCUCGUAGUCAUGCCAGGCGAUCCCAGGAUCGGCGGGAGACUGUGUUAUGAGUGCGGAGGCAGGGGGAUCAUCGAGAGCUUCUGGUUGGGCGACGAGACGUGUUAUCGCUGCAGAGGCUCCGGUCGUGUCUUCUGA